AUGCGUGCGAUGACGGACACGGCUGCCUCGGCGACUUCGUCGAAACACCCCUCGAAUGGCCAUGGCAAUGGCCAUGACAACGAGUCUGAUGGCCCUCAGCAGCCGUCGAAGCUAUACAAGCUCGUCAUGACCCCCAUCAACUUCGCGUCCUUCAUCAUCUCCCUCGUGCUCGUCGACAUGCAGUAUUCGCUUAGGCGCGUCCAUAGCCACGCCGAGGCGCCCACGCGGCUGCCCUCGUGGCUGCACUCGCUGCUCUUCUGCCCCCAGCCGUAUCAGCCGGCACAUUACAGGAAGGACGCGAACGCCGCCGCCGGUGGCUCGCGGGACUCUUGGUCAGAGCAGUAUUAUCACUCAAAUCAGAGGAGACUCAUGGAGAUGGAAGCCGAGGAGGCGUUUAGGAUGCGGAACAUGGUGCUCAUUGUCUUUGGCCUGGCCGUUGCGGGCGCGGCUGGCGCGGCGUGGUUCUUUGCUACGAGGCUGUACCGUUGCUGGUUUGUUUGA